UACAACAAUAAUUGAGGCAAUUACCGAGGACCAAUCCGCCAUCUUUGAUUGCGGUAGUGGAAGGGAAAAGAGGACCCGGCUUGUGAUUGUACUUCUUUUUACAUACACAAUCUUUGCUUUUUGGGAAAGGGUACAGCUUAGAUGAUGGCAGAAAAUGUUGAACAACACUUUGACCCUAAGACUUUUAAAUUGGAGACAGCUCCCUUUGAUGCAAGAUUCCCUUACACCAACCAGACAAAGAACUGCUGGCAGAACUAUGUGGACUUUCAUCGAUGCAUAAAGAAGUUUGGAGAGGAAGAAAGCAGAUGUCAGUAUUUUUUCAGGACUUACAAAUCCUUAUGCCCUGGUCCCUGGGUGGAAAGCUGGGAUGAUCAAAUGGAAAGUGGCACAUUCCCUGGGCGUAUUUGAUUUGUUUUUCAUGUUAUUGUUAUUUCCUUAUUGUGUCUUCUUGGAGGUGAAUGUUUAUUAAUCUUAAUAAAAAGCUGGAUAAAGUUUUCACGGAUGGUUUCGUUUGCUGUUUGGUAAUUUGAGGAAAUGAUUUAUUUU